UUCACACACAUUCACACACACUCACACACUGCAGCUGUCCUCAGGGAGCAGAGUGCAGCCACACACCAGUUCCUGGAGAUAUACUAUACAGAGAAAAGAACACAAUAUGAGAGUCAGCCUGCAAACUCUGAUAACAUGUCUUUUGUUGUGCGCUGCAGUAACAACCCAGGGGUCCUUAGCAGAAGCAGACCAACGGAUAGAAAAACCUCCAAUGAACAUGAGGAACAGCACCCCCCCCCAGAUUACAACUGCUCAAUUAACUACUGUCCCACAAACAACCUCCACCAAUCCUAUCAUGCCAGCUUCUACCACAAUUACAGACAGCACUGAGGGAACCAGCAUCAGCUCAAGCUCCGCCACCACCCAGGCCCCCACCACUUUAACAACCACUGGCCCCACCACCACCCAGACCCCCAACACAACCACUACCGAUGGCACCAUCCCGACUGAGACCACCAACACAACCACUACCGAUGGCAUCAUCCCGACUGAGACCACCAACACAACCACUACCGAUGGCACCAUCCCGACUGAGACCACCGACACAACCACUACCGAUGGCACCAUCCCGACUGAGACCACCAACACAACCAAUACCAACAACACCAUUCCCACUGAGACCACCAGCUCUGCUGCUGCCACCCAAACCACCACACUGGAACAUGAAGAACACAAGUCCAAUGCUCUAAGCUCAGGAAGUAUUGCAGUGAUUAUUUGUGUGUUCCUCAUCACCGUCAUAGCCGUGUUUGUUGGUCUGUACUUCUACAGGAUCCGACGAAGAUCUUACAACCAUCUUUUGGAAAGCAACGAACACUUUUUUGUAAACUUCAGCAACCCCAUGUAUGACUCUUAGAUCUGAACCUUUGACCUCCGACUACGGAAGAGACCCAAUUAACUCAAAGUUCGCAGGAGACCUUCUGAUCAGAGUGUGUGUAAAGUGUGUGGCUAAUGAGUUCAGCACGGUCACUUUUUAAAAACUGACAUGCAGCCUUGAUUAAUGCAAAAUGCAAAAAGAAAUGACACGAAAACACUUUUUGUUGCUAGGUGUAGUAACCAAGGUAGGACAUUUUUACUCAGGUAGCUUUUCCAACAGCUCUGGCCGUAUUUUCACAGCGCAGAAUCAUAUUACUAAAACUCAUUAUAAACAUGUAUAUCAGGGGUAUGAUGAAUUUCUCAGGAUACUGGCAUCUAGACUUAUAAAAACAAUAGGAAGCCAACCAGGAUGCUUGAACAGUAAAACAAAUUAAGUGCAAUUUAUGAAUAAAAUUAACAGUAGAUCAAAAUAUUUUAGAUUUAUCACAGAUUGUUUUAUAGGCAACAACUAAGGUACUUUGUUCCCACGGCACUUACUGUGAAACGAUAAGAUUUCCAUUGCAAACGUAUGUUCACAUUCAGUUGAAAUAUUAAUCUGUUGUUAAUCAAGCAAUUAUAUUAUGUAUUUAGAUAAAAUGGAAAUGCUUUAAAAAAAAAAAGGGUUAGCGCUUUAGCACCUUGGAUUAAGAUUAAGAUUAAAUCAUUUUUUCAUUGAAGAGUUGGGUUAUUCUGUCCAAGGACAAACAUACAGUCACAUACAGUCCAUUAAAGUGAGUUGUUUUCAUAUCACACACUUAAGACACUGAAGUUUCCUCGAGCGAAACACUGAAUCCCUUCCUGCUAUUCAGCUGAGCCUAAACUUCGACCUAUCAUUGGAGGAACCAAACAAGACAGCAAUCAUGUUAGGAGGGUGAAUUUACAAUAACUAUUGCCUAAAUAUAAUGUUGGGAAUUUAAUUUGGCUCCCUGAUACCUGAUCAACUAUUGUAUUUAUUAUUUUGUAGGUAUUGAUUGUGUAUAGUGUAACGUUUUCUUCAGUGAGAUUUUGCUUCGCUUAGGAGCUUAGGCCUUUCUGAUAUCUUGAAUGUUUAAUACAUUAUUGUUUGUUUGCAUUCAGGUGAAGAAUAAUGUGACAACAUUUUAUUGUGAGAUAUGAUUGUAUUUCAUUGUUUGUGUAAUAAAGCCAUUAAGAAAGAC